CAAGGAGCUUGGAAAUUCUGAAUCUCCCGAAUAGUCUUGCGCAAAUCGUUGAGCGAAGAGGCGGUGUGUUCUCGGUUAAAUUCCCCGAGACGGGCAGGGGGGAUACAGACAAUUCUUAAGGAUCCAAAAACGGCGUAGUCAAGUCAUAUGGCGUCGGAGCCCCAGCAGCCAAGCCCUUACCCAUAUGCCACGCCAGAUCAGCCCAGGCAACUCACAGAUGAGGACCUGACCCUCCUCUCUCACUACACUGGAGAGAAGGACCUUGACAAGCUUCGAGAGCAUGUGCUCAAUAUCUGGAAGGCGGUCAAGGCAAAGCUGUGGGUCUAUGCAUGCAUCCAGCGACUGAUGUUCUUACAGCCGCGCAUCCCCACGCACGACUUCUAUCCCCAGGCGCUCGCCGCCCUGAAAUCUGAUCCGGACCUCCUUGUCCUGGACAUUGGAUGCUGCUUCGGCCAGGACACGAGGCAGAUGAUUCUUGAUGGCGUGCCCACAGAGUCCAUCACAUCCACAGACAUCACCUCUGAUUACUGGGAGUUUGGGAAGGACCUGUUCAAGGACAGGGACACUCUGGCGGUGCACGAGGCAUUCGGCAGUUUUACGGACCCGGCAUUUACGGCAGCAGGCGGCCCGCUCGGCCACCUCAGCGGCCGCGUGGCAUUCGCGUGGGCCGGUGCCGUGCUGCACGUGCUCUCAGAGGAAGAUGUGCGCGCGUUCGCCAAACAUGUGUACAAAAUCUUAGCAUCGGGUGGCGUCUGGUUUGGGACGUGCGUGGGGUCAGAGCCAGCUGGGGAGUGGGCAGCAACGCCUAAUGGGGAUGCCAAGCGGUACCUGCAUUCGCCCACUUCGCUGAAAGCCCUGCUGCAGCAUAUUGGCUUCUCCCAGGUGGAUGUUGUGGGAUCAAUGCCUGCAGAGAUGAGCAGCAUGAAUGAUGACAUGGUGCAGUCUGGCGGCCAGAAGACCAUGCUCGCUUACACUGCAAGAAAGUAA